AUGUACGUUCGAGCGCUACAAGGCUACGAGGAGGCACUUGGACCAGAUCACAUAUCGACACUCGAUAUGGUCCACAACCUAGGCCUCCUCUACGCCGACCAAGGCAAGCUAGUCAAGGCGGAGAAGAUGUACGUUCGAGCGCUACAAGGCUACGAGGAGGCACUUAGACCAGAUCACAUAUCGACACUCCGUACGGUCAAUAACCUAGGCAUCCUCUACGCUAACCAAGGUAAGCUAGCCGAGGCGGAGAAGAUAUACGUUCGAGCGCUACAGGGUAAGCUAGUCGAGGCGGAGAAGAUGUACGUUCGAGCGCUGCAAGGCUGCGAGGAGGCACUUGGACUAGAUCACAUAUCGACACUUAAUACGGUCAACAAUCUAGGCGUCCUCUACGCCAACCAAGGCUGCGAGGAGGCGCUUGGACCAGAUCACAUAUCGACACUCAAUACGGUCAACAAUCUAGGCCUCCUCUACGCUAACCAAGGCAAGCUAGUCGAGGCGGAGAAGAUGUACGUUCGAGCGCUAAAAGGCUACGAGGAGGCACUUGGACCAGACCACACAUCGACACUUAAUACGGUCAAUAACCUAGGCGUCCUCUACGCCGACUAA